AUGGAGGAGGUAUCGUAUGCCUUUCUUCAUUUGAGGCUCACACUGAAGCAUUGGGACAAAAUGAGGUGCUUACGAAAGAGAUCUGCAGUAUCCUUUCUAGGAGUCCUGGUCAUUUGCUUGUUGUUCAUGAAUGUAUACAUUGAAGAUAGCUAUGUCUUGGAUGGAGACAAACAGUUAAUCAGAGAUACAGCAACACAUCAAUUAAACUCAGAGCGAUAUGUUCGCACUUUUAAAGAUCUGUCCAAUUUCUCAGGAUCAAUAAACGUUUCCUAUCGCUAUCUGGCAGGCACACCUUUGCUAAGAAAAAGAUAUCUUACCAUUGGACUGUCCUCAGUCAAACGAAAAAAAGGAAAUUAUUUGCUGGAGACAAUCAAGUCCAUAUUUGAGCAAUCAAGUUAUGAAGAGCUGAAAGAAAUCGCUGUAGUGGUGCACCUGGCAGAGUUUGAUCCAACUUGGUGUGUUGGAAUGGUUCAAGAUAUUUCUCAGAAAUUUGCCCAUCAUGUGAUUGCUGGAAGGUUGAUGGUGAUCCAUACUCCUGAAGAGUACUAUCCAGUACUGGAUGGCCUUAAGAGAAAUUAUAAUGACCCCGAAGACCGGGUGAAAUUCCGUUCCAAGCAAAAUGUAGAUUAUGCUUUCCUGCUCAACUUCUGUGCAAACCUUUCUGAUUAUUACGUUAUGUUAGAAGAUGAUGUUCGGUGUGCAAAAAACUUCUUGACUGUUGUUAAGAAAGUCAUAACUUCACGAGAGGGAACCUACUGGGUGACGUUAGAAUUUUCCAAGCUAGGCUAUAUUGGGAAGUUAUACCACUCCCAUGACCUCCCUCGACUGGCCCAUUUUUUGCUGAUGUUCUACCAGGAAAUGCCUUGUGAUUGGCUGCUGAUACAUUUCCGUGGGCUCUUGGCUCAAAAGGAUGUGAUACGUUUCAAACCAUCUCUCUUCCAACAUAUGGGAUAUUAUUCAUCUUACAAAGGAGCUGAGAAUAAAUUGAAGGAUGAUGAUUUUGAAGAGGAUUCGUUUGAUCUUCCUGAUAACCCUCCUGCCACCCUCCACACCAAUAUGAAUGUAUUUGAAAAUUAUGAGGCAAGCAAGGCAUAUAGUAGUGUAGAUGAAUACUUCUGGGGCAAAGCUCCAUCCACUGGAGAUUUCUAUGUCAUCAUCUUUGAAAAACCUGUUAAAAUCAACAGGAUUAAAGUUGUCACUGGAACAGAAGACCGACAAAAUGACAUCUUGCAUCAUGGAGCUCUGGAAGUUGGGGGUAAAAUUGUUGGGGGCAAAAAAGGGAGACAAUGUACUACUUUCUUGCGAAUAGGGGAGUUUAAAAAUGGAAACUUGGAAAUUACAGAAGUGGAGCACAAAGUUCUUUUUGAUAUUAACUGUAUAAGAAUACUUGUUACCAAAAGCCAAAAGGAGUGGCUGAUCAUUAGGAGCAUUAGCAUAUGGACUUCACAGCCACCAAAUCAGUAA